AUGGCGUGCGUCUCGGCAGUGCAGGUCGGGUUCGUCGCCCCAGCUACUAGUUACAUAUACCGGAGCGACAACGGCGGACCAGCCAGCUUCGUCCAGGUGGGAGCCCACGGCUACCAGCAGCCACAAGCCUUCGCAGCUCCCUUACCCAUCGUCCAACAACACAAACAUUUGGAGGCUUACGACAUAGCACCUGUACCAUUGCCUUAUGUCGCUGCGAAACCAAUUAUCGUGGAGGACGCUGAAGACGAUGAUGACAGCUCCGACGAGUCCGAAGAAAGCGGUGAAGAUGGGUUAAUAGGGUAUGGAGCCGGUCACGAGGCUGGAGGAGGCAGUUCAUAUGGCGAACAGCAUCAUGCUGCUCACGGUGAAAAGGGCAGCAAGGGUUACCACAGUGUUGGCCACCAUGCCAAGGGCGCUGCCGGAAAUUAUGGUAAGGAGCACAAAGAAGGACACUUUAACGAGGUUAAAGGAGAGAAGGGAGCUCAUCACGACGAAGCCGAUGCUCAUGGAAACCAUUUUGAAGCUGGUAAAGGCUAUGAAGGAGGCGAUCACGGCCACAAGAAACAUUUCAGCAAAGGUGAGGAGGUGACUGGGUACCACAAAGUUUUCCACAAGGAUGAAUACAAGAAAGACCAUGAUUUCUAUGACGUAGCUGAUAAGAGUGGCAACUUCAAGAAGCACGGUUUCCAGGAAGCACACCAUGGGUCUGAAGAAGGUGAACACAAGAAGGGCGAUCACAGCGACUCUGGUUUCAAGAAGGGCGGAUUCAGUAAAGCUGGUUUCCACGACAAGGGGCAUUUAGAUGAGGCAGAAGAAGGCCACUCCGCCGAGGACGGUGCCGAUAGCCACUACAAUCACCAAGAAGAUUACGGCAAAAAGGGCGGCAGCAGUCACGAGAAGGAAUACGCAUUCGCUAACGCCGAUGAGUACGAUGAUGAUGACAAACACGAUGAUGAA